CUCAACUUUUGUUCAAUUUACAACUGUUGUUUAAAUUAAAAGUACUUUUGGCACCAGACGAAUAUGUCUGAAAUUCGCAACCAGGAUGAACGCUCGGAGGCCUUGGGCAAGAAGGAAACUGACCAGGACUCGAAGAAAGAAGUGGAAUUGGGUGACAGCUCCGGCCAAGAGGAACCUUUGAAUUAUGAUGAUGCAUCGGUUGAGGAAUUGGUCGAGAAGUGGAAGCAGCGUUCCGAGGAGCGCGACUGUCAGUAUGCGUCCAUCGGUUUGCAGUCUGAGAAGAUACUUGCGGAGCUAAGCUCCAUUUCUAAGCAAAUAAAGCAAAUCCAAAUAAGCUCUGACGAUGACGAUACAGAUAACAAUCAAGCAGUUGGCGAUCAAGCAGUUGGCAAUAAAGCAGUUGGCAAUAAAGCAGUUGGCGAUCAAGCAGAUGACGAUCAAGCAGUUGUUGGCGACUGUAAUCAAGGCGAAAUUUAUCAAUAUCUUCUUGGUGAUCAAGACGAUGACGAUAAAGAAGAAGAUUCUAAUGAAACCGCUGCUGAUCAAUGGGAUGCCGCUAAAUUAUUUGGUUACCAGGGGAAUGCUGGUCAAGGGGAUUCGGAUCAAGACGAUGCUGGCAAAGGCGUCUCGUCGGUGCUGCCGGAAUAUUUUACCUUCUAGGCGCAGUUUACGUUGUUUAUUUUUAUUUUUUAAUUAAAUUUUAACUUUUUCGGCCA